AUGUUACCAAAGCCUUUUUCACAGAGAACAAAAGAUUUUCGUAGGCCAAGAACCUUUGUCUUCCAGACUUGCAUUUUUCCGGCAUCUGAAGCAGACACCGUCGUCGUACUUCGAGAGACUGGCAAAAUGGACCACUUAGAUACCAGACCUGAGCAGGGAACCAGCUCGUCCCCGCAUGGUGAUCCUAGCAUCCCUCUUGAGGUUUUCUCGGUAUUCACCGAGGAAGAACUUGAGAGGAAAGCGCAGCUUGAGAAGCAGAGGGAUGAGAUAAAGGAGCUGCAAAGGACCGUAGCCAGUUUCUCCAGACUGGCCGGGAAGAAGGACCAGGAGUUGAAAGCGACCUCCUUGCAGGUCACGCGAGCAGAAAAGGAGAGAGAGGCCUUUGAGAAGCUAAGGCAUGCUCUUGAAGUUGAACUUCAGGAGAGUCAAGGGAAAGUUGCUUCCUUGACAGAGGAGGUUGAGGAGAAGGCUGCCGAAUGGGCAAUCGACUCUAUUUAUGCCUUGCGACCAAAGAAUCCUCUUUUAGACAUGUCCGAAGUCCCGACAGACUGGCAGGGAACACUUAUGUCCAUGGCACGCCACCAGCCAACCCACUCCCAUAAGAAAAAUGGUUACUUUACUCCCCAGUUAUUAACAAUAAUCACUCUCCUAACAAUAAUCACUCUCCUAAUCUCAGUCCCUCGCAUCCAAUCAAUUCUUCACACCUCACCACCCACCAUCGAACUCCCCAUCUCCGCCCACUCCCCUCCCCUCACCCUCUGCGUCUCCGACUUCGGUGCCACCGGAGAUGGCAUCAGCUACGACACCGUGGCCAUCCAAUUGGCCAUCGACGCAUGUCCCUCCACAAUUCCAUGUCACGUGACAUUCCCACGUGGCACAUACUUAACCGCCACCAUCCGCUUGAAAUCUCACGUGAUCCUCAACAUCGAAGAAGACGCGAUUCUACUGGGCGGCACGGAGAUCGAAGAUUACCCGAAAGAUUCGUCGAGAUGGUACGUGGUGCUGGCGGAGAACGCGUGUGACGUUGGUAUAACGGGCGGAGGAGUAAUAGAUGGUCAGGGGCUUAAGUUUGUAGUGAAAGAAAAUGAGAAGAAGAAUGUGAUGGUGAGUUGGAACCAAACGGGGGCUUGCUGCGGUGAUGAGUGUAGGCCAAGAUUGGUGGGGUUUCUGGGUUGCAAGAAUGUCAAUGUUUGGAACGUUAGGUUAAGAGAGCCGGCUUACUGGUGUUUGCACAUAGUAAGUUGUGAAAACACGGAUAUUCACAAUGUUUCAAUUUAUGGGGACUUUAAUACACCUAACAAUGAUGGAAUAGAUAUCGAGGAUUCAAAUAACACUGUGAUUACCAGAUGCAAGAUUGAUACAGGAGAUGAUGCAAUCUGUCCAAAGACAUACACAGGGCCCCUGUAUAAUUUGACAGUUACAGAUUGUUGGAUCAGGACAAAGUCUUCUGCAAUCAAACUUGGUAGUGCUAGUUGGUUUGAUUUCAAGAGUUUGGUGUUUGACAAUAUCACUAUUGUGGAUUCUCAUAGAGGAUUAGCACUGCAAAUCCGCGAUGGAGGAAAUGUUAGUGACAUCACCUUCUCCAACAUGAAUAUAAGCACAAGAUACUAUGAUCCAUCAUGGUGGGGGAGAGCAGAACCGAUAUAUGUGACAACCUGUCCGAGAUACUCUAAUUCAUUGGAGGGUUCAAUCUCUAAUUUACGCUUCAUCAACAUCACCGCAAAUUCUGAAAAUGGUGUAUUCUUAUCUGGUUCGAAACAUGGGCUACUACACAAUUUGAAAUUCAUUAACAUGAACCUCAGUUACAAAAGAUGGACAAAUUAUUCAGGCGGGUUGGUGGACUACAGACCAGGAUGUCAGGGACUUGUAAACCACAGUGCCGCUGGGAUCAUCAUGGAACACAUGAAAGGAUUAGAGGUUGAGAAUGUAAACAUGAGAUGGUACGAUGACGAUCAAACAGAGAGAUGGAACAAUCCCCUAGACUUCAGACCUUCGACUGUAACUAACAUUUCUUUAUUUAAUUUCCAUUCAGGUUUGUACAAACAGUGACAUCACAGAAGGAUAGCAGAGCACGCUAUCCCGAAUGAUUGUUAUUCUUUAAUGGAAAUAAUGGAAUGGAGUGGAAUUGUAGAUUUUGUCAGAAUGUGAGUAGGAGUUUAUUAUUCAAAAGUUUGUUUAGUUACUCAUUUCA